AUGGAUUUUUUUAAAAGCGGCCUAAAGACCGUUCUUGGUGCGCCGGAACCUGGUCACCAGCCUUCAGGAGCUGAAACGGUGGAAAGACUUGUAGACCGUGUUAACAAUUCUACAUUAUUAGAAGAUCGAAGGGAUGCUUGCAGAGCUUUGAAAGCAAUGUCAAGAAAGUACAGAGUGGAGGUGGGGGCACAAGGAAUGGAUACAUUGAAGCAGGUUUUAGAACUAGACAGAGCAGACAGUGAGACCAUAAACUAUGCCCUAGACACUCUCAACAACAUAAUGUCCCCUUCCCAAUUUGAGGAAGAGGAGAACAACCCACAGGUGCCAAUGAACAUUGGGGAACAAUUCACGGAGAUGUUUAUUAAAGACCAUAACAACAUCCAGCUUAUCUUGGACCUUUUGGAUGAGUAUGACUUCCGAGUCAGACUUUCGGCCGUACAAUUGUUAACCUCGCUACUAACCAACCGACCUAAGGACAUACAAGAAAUAAUCCUUGUCAAACCCAUGGGAGUUUCCAAAAUGAUGGACCUCUUGAGUGAUACUAGGGAAGUCAUACGAAAUGAAACACUUCUUUUGUUAAUAAAAUUAACGAAGGGCAAUGCAAACAUCCAGAAAAUAGUGGCAUUUGAAAAUGCUUUCGACAAAUUAUUUGAAAUAGUUUCCAGUGAGGGUUUUUCUGACGGAGGCAUAAUUGUUGAAGACUGUCUGUUGUUAAUGUUGAAUCUGCUCAAAAAUAACAGUAGUAAUAUCAACUUCUUUAAAGAAGGCAGUUACAUUCAGAGGAUGCUACCAAUGUUCAACACUCCGGAGGAAACUGAGGAUAUUGGAUGGUCGCCGCAGAAAGUUUCGAAUGUUCACUGUAUGCUUCAGAUUGUACGGACUCUAGUAUCACCAUGUAACUCUGUCCAAAUGGUGUCAGAUUGCCAAAGAAUCAUGAAGAAUGUGGGUUUAUUGGACUCUCUGUGCAAUAUUUUGAUGGCAAGUGGGGUGCCUGCUGAUAUACUGACCGAGACUAUCAAUACUGUUGGAGAAGUGAUUAGAGGGAAUGUUAUCAACCAGGAGUUUGUCGGAAACGUAAUGGCGCCGUCAAAUCCACCACGGCCCGCGAUAGUGGUCCUACUAAUGUCCAUGGUUAAUGAAAAACAACCAUUUUCCUUAAGAUGUGCCGUCCUAUAUUGCUUUCAAUGCUAUCUAUAUCACAACGAAAUGAGCCAAGCAAGCCUAGUGCAAACACUUCUGCCAUCGUCUAGCGAUGUGUCAAGUUUAACAAGCGGUCAGCUUCUCUGCGGAGGCCUGUUUUCAUCAGAUGCACUGUCCAACUGGUUCUCAGCAGUGGCGAUAAUGCAUGCCUUAAUUGACAAUCCGAUUCAGAAGGAGCAGUUGUUGAGGGUGCUCUUAGCUACCAACAUUGGAAGUUCCCCUGUGUCCUUACUUCAUCAGUGCACUUUGUUAUUGCAACAGACAACUAAGUUGCAGUCAAAGGUGGCCCUACUGAUGCUGCUGUCCGUGUGGACGAGCCAGUGCCCGGGCGCGGUGGGCGCGUUCCUGCGCGUCCCCGGCGGCGUGGGCUACCUGGUCAACCAGACCUGCUCCAACGAACACGACGACAACGAAUACCUGCUCCAGGGCCUGUCCGCAUUCCUGCUCGCGAUCUGCAUCCACUUCAACGACGACUCGGUGAGCAGCUACAGCAGGGAGUCGCUGCGGCAGCUGCUCGUGAGGCGCGUCGGCCUGGACACGUUCGCGGCGAAGCUCAGCGAGGUGGCCAAGCACGAGCUGUACGGCAAGGGGGCGAAGCACCCGCAGCUGCGCGCCAGGGCGCCCCACGAGGUGCUCGUCGACUACGAGUUCUGCAAGCUCUUCAAGGUCCUCGAAGGUGUCCUCGUACAGAGCUUCACGGUGAAAGAGAAGAGCACAGAGGAAGCGAACGAGCGGUCGCCAGCCAGCGGGGCUGCUCUUGAGCAGUACAAGGCGCUGAUCCGGCAACAGGACGCUCGUCUCCAGGAGCUGGUGGCGCAACUCGACGGUCUGCUGCAACAGAACCAGGCCCUGCAGAGCGCCUUGAACGACUCCCUGGCUUCAAACUCGCUGCUCAAGGAUGAGAAUACUCUGCUGAAAGCGCAAGUGUCUGCGGCCACGUGUUUGCCCAGCCCCGAGCAGCUGCCAGCGAUGGCUCCACAGGAGAGUUCAGAGAAGAGCGCUGAGCAUGAGGCAAGGAUGCAGCAACUGAGCGACGAGGUAGCCAGGCUGAACGACCAGUUGAAAGCUGCAGAACAGGAGAAGAGGAACGCCGCCGAGGAGUUGGAGAAGUUAAAGAACGAUCAGGAUGAUUUGCUGGUGCUUCUCUCCGAUUUGGACAUGAGAGUGAACGUGUACAAAAUGCGUUUGCUGUCUUUGGGAGAGAAGAUCGAAGAUGACAAUACUGCGGCACCCAAGCCGAACCUUACA